AAAUGCUCUAAAGCGACUGAGAAAAACUGUAACCGUGUGAUCGUUUAAAUACGGCGGUUGUUUUUUUCAUCGAUGAGGAUCAAAGUCGGUGCUUUACGCGGAGCAUCAUUGGACAAUCGCAUCUGAUGAAGUUCUGAUGAAGCAACCUGUUCCACAUCACAUCUCCUCUGCUCGUGCGUGUCACUCACGGUGAUCUCUCGUCAUGUGUCGUCUUUAACACGACGGACGGGAAUUGAUGGCAAGAAUUGAUCCAACGACCGUCAAUGCAGAAAUCCAAAGAUCUGCGCGCGGGUGAUGAGGAGCAUCAAAUGAGAUCUGAGCUCUGCUGUCAUGCAGUCUCUUAUAUCGCCGGUCACUAAGGCAAUCCUCGUAGCUCUUUUUAUUUUUGCCAUUUUGCUCAUCCUUUAUGUGAUCCUGUGGUAUAUAUGUAGAGACGUGGAUUGCGAUCACGGCAUUUGAUGUUGGAUGCUGAAGCUGUGGAUCAGAUGGAGAUGUCAGGGUGACCCCGUUUUAGCCAAACAGAAUGGCAAGGUUGCUGUUGUGACAGGUGGUACUAAAGGAAUCGGCUAUGAGACGGUGAGACAGCUGGUGAAUCUGGGAAUGUUUGUCAUUAUAGCCUCACAUAAUGAAGAGGAGGGUCUGUCUGCUGUGAGGAAGCUUCGUGAGGAGAACUCAGAAGCUCAGGUGGACUUUGAGUAUUUGAACGUAUCGUCUUUGAUGUCGGUGAGACGGUUCGUCCAGAGGUUUAGAGAUCGAGCUCUUCCCCUGCACGUGCUCAUCAAUAAUGCCGGUGUUAUGUUGGUCCCUGAAGGCAAAACAGAGGAUGGAUUUGAGACCCAUUUUGCCACCAAUUACCUGGGUCAUUUCCUGUUGACCCGCCUUCUGCUGGAUACCCUGAUGCAUUCUGGGAAAGAUGAGUCGUACUCUCGAGUCAUUAAUGUCUCUUCUUCUGCACACUACACGGCUGACCUUCAUCUACAGGACCUUCAAAACACGCAGUGUUACAGCGCUCAUGCAGCGUAUUCCUGUAGUAAACUGGCCCAGGUUCUCUUCACGUAUCAUCUACAUUAUAAACUUCAGUCCAUCCGAGCACCGCUGACGGUUAAUGCUGUUGAUCCCGGUGUGGUAAACACAGAUCUUUACUCUCACGUCAAUCAUCUCAUCCGAUAUGCACUCAAACCCAUCGCUCGGCUCUUUUUUAAGACUCCAGCUGAUGGUGCAGUGACUGGGGUUUAUGCUGCCGUCUCCUCUGAUCUGGAGUCAGUUAGCGGAUGUUAUCUUUAUGAAGGAGAAUGUGUUGAGUCUUCACUAAACUCUUAUGAUGAAGAUCUUCAGACUGGACUCUGGCAGAAGACCUGUGAUCUCUUAAACCUCCGGCACUCGCUGUAUGAAGACUGGAACGAUGACAUCACAAAAUGAACAGAAACUCUUGACACUUUCUUUCAGUUGAUGUCAACAUCAUUUCUUUAUGUUUACAAUCUCUUCAUACCACUGAACUGUGAUUGGCUGUCCUAUAAUGAUGAUGAUGAUGAUGAUGAUGAUGAUGAUGAAGGGCUCAGCGCUGUCAUUACUACACUGUGAGUAUGUUUGUGUUAUUCAGAUAAUGUGUUGUCAUCUGUGUGAUGUUUCAUCGUGUGUGUGUGUGUGUGUGUGUGUGUGUGUGUGUGUGUGUGUGUGUGUGUGUGUGUGUGUGUGUGUGUGUGUGUGUGUGUGUGUGUGUGAUUGUGUUCACUGUGAAUGAAGCUUUGAUUUUUGUUUCUUUACAGUUAUUAGCAGAAUACAGAAAUUCAGUUGCCUAUAUUUGCGUGCUUGACAAUG